CUGUUUGUGAAAUGUGUAAUUUGUUUGUGUGUUGACCUCACAGGAAGUUCCCCUUGAACUGUACUUGGAAGUUUCACUGAAUAAAUUAUUCUUGGACUUUUGAAUUAUUAAUCUUGUCUGCAUGAUAUGCAAAUUAGACGUCACUAUGUCAGUGGCACAGCACUGGGUUGGAAGCUGUAUCAAGUUCCUGGCAAAGAAUUUCUGUCAAGGGAUCAGGGCCUUCCAACGGAAUGUGUGUAGCUCGAAGGAGAAGAUUUCUGCAUGGUUUCCUCAUGGCCCCUGACUUGCCCAAGUGGGAGUUACUGGGAACUUGGCAGAUGGAGUUACGCAUGUCUUCAUGGCUCUCUUUUCCUGCUGUGGCAGUCAAAACUUCCAACUUCACAGAAGUUGGAAGCUACUGACAUAAGUCAGAACGUUUAAGAACUGGCAUCACCAGAAAAAUAAGAGUGAGGACUAGAAAAAGAGGAAAUUCAAAAUGAAACAAGCGUGGAACACAACUUGCCCAAAUUGGCUGGUGGCAGAGGCUGUCCUGGAAAAGUAUUAUCUUUCCAUUUUUUAUGGGAUCGAGUUUGUUGUGGGAGUCCUUGGGAAUUGCAUUGUUGUUUUUGGCUACCUCUUCUGUCUGAAGAACUGGAAAUGCAGUAACAUUUAUCUCUUCAACCUCUCUAUCUCGGACUUGGCUUUUUUGUGCACGCUUCCUAUGCUGAUUAGAAGGUAUUCCAGUGGAAAGUGGAUAUAUGGGGACCUGUUGUGUAUAAGCAACCGAUAUGUGCUUCAUGCCAAUCUCUACACCAGCAUUCUUUUUCUCACUUUUAUCAGCAUUGAUCGAUACCUGCUCAUGAAGUAUCCUUUCCGGGAACACUUUCUACAAAAGAAGGAGUUCGCUGUUUUAAUCUCUUUGGCUAUUUGGGUUUUAGUAACCUUAGAGCUACUGCCCAUACUUCCCCUUAUAAAUCCUAAUAUAGCUGCCAAUGGCACCUACUGUACUGAUUAUGCAAGUUCUGGGGACCCCCAAAACAGCCUCAUCUAUAGCCUGUUCCUAACCUUUUUGGGAUUCCUCAUUCCUCUUUUGGUGAUGUGUUUCUUUUAUUUCAAGAUUGCUCUUUUCCUAAAGAAGAGGAGCAGGCAGCUUGCCACUGCUUUGCCCCUUGAAAAGCCUCUCACCUUAGUCAUCAUGGCAGUUGUGAUCUUCUCCGUGCUUUUUACUCCCUACCAUAUCCUGCGGAACGUGAGGAUUGCUUCGCGCCUGGAGAAGUGGAAGGAGUACCGGUGCACUCGGGUCGCCAUCAACUCCUUCUACAUUGUGACUCGGCCCUUGGCCUUUCUGAACAGUACCAUCAACCCUGUCUUCUAUUUCCUUAUGGGAGAUCACUUCAGAGAGAUGUUGAUGAGUAAACUGAGGAACCAGUUCAAAUCCCUUACAUCCAUUAGAAGGUGAGGUCCUGGACUGAUGUUUCCAUGCAGCGAAAAAUGAGAUGCUUGUGUAACAGAUUAUUUUAUAUGUGCAGCAGCAAGCCAAUUCCAGUUUGAUUUGACUCACGGAUAUAAAUUGGAGAGGGACAGACCCAACACUGUUUUAAAGACACACUGCAUCUGGAAUAUGUGAAAAGGAGAAAAUUGGAAGUAUUUAUUGGUUUCUUCACCCAAGAACUGAAAGGAGCUGGACUGGCAUUGUCUAAUGUUUGAGCACGGAAGUCCAAAAUCUUAGGUGUUACAAGACUUUCUCAAUCAGUGUAAAAGGAAUAACAGAUAAAGCUUCAAAUAGCCUGUAUUUAAUCACUGGUCAGAUUGUAAAAAAAAAAAAAAAAAAAUGUGUUGGCAACAUUCUUUAGGUUAUUCUUAUUUGUUUGGUCUUACAACUUAAUGUGAAAACUGAGUAACAGAUUAGGCAUACACUCUUAAAGACUGUUUUUUAGGAAUUGUGCUCUUGAACAAAAUUUAAAGUAAACCAUAGCAACAAGCAAGAAAGCAAGGUGUUGAGUUCAAUGAUGCCUAUAUGACAUUUAUUUAUAUUGACAUGAAUAGGGGUCAAGUUGUAACUAUAAGUCCUAUUUUGUUGUAUGGUUUUUAGAACAAUGAAUUGUAUUAAAUGGAACCUAAGGAGACAGUUCAACAAAGAGAGAGACAGGUUUGAGCUUAUCUCUCAGGGAAUUUAGGUGUAGAUGAUUGCUAGAAGAGAGACCACCACGGAGAGUUAGAAAAAUCUGAGUUAUAGAACACAAAGUGCCUAUCAGAAAACCCAAGGUAAGACAAAGCAAACAAACAAAACAAAACAAAACAAAAACAAAGGUGAAUGCUUUUGGACAACUUUGUCUCCAAAGAUAGUGACUUUUAUCUGGUGUGAGCCUUGUUUUCACAGAACAUUACAUAAGGCCAUUGAAGGAAGUAUUCUAAACAAAAUGCACUUUAUGAAAUUGUAGAAUAUAUGGAAUAUUUAUGUGCUUAUCAAUAUAGAUUAACCAGAUACCACUCCGUGCCACAAAAUAAAUUUGUAGGAAAAAAAUACAUGGAUGCUACCUUAGCUUUUUAAAGUCAAAUAAAUGCCACAUAAUAGUUCACUUAUAAGCAACAAAAUGUGUCAAAAGCCAUAUAACUAUGCUCUUUUUCUUAUAGUCUUUAGCUAUAAUAUGAAGGAUACUGUAAGCAUUAUGAGUACAAAGAAAAUUCUAUUGUCCUUCCUGUUCUGAGAUACUUUGGUGCUGUUAUAUCUGACAUUACAAAAACCCAAAAUACCCCCAGUUAGUGCUUCCAUAUUUGAAGCUACUGAGAUAUUAGAAAAACAUAUUACUCGGGGUGCCUGGGUGGCUCAGUGGGUUAAAGCCUUUGGCUCUGGUCGUGAUCCCAGGGUCCUGGGGUCGA